AGAAAAUAAUCUGAGAGGAGGAAGCAACAUGAUUCAGUGUGUCUUCAAUUUGAUGAGAGUGGCGCACGAAAUGCAUCCCAAUCCCGUGCGAAGAAUUUGACCAAUUCAAAAUGAAACUGCGAAUCCAAAACACUGGAAUCACCACAGCGCUUCUUCUUCUUCUUCUUCUUCUUCUUGCGAUUGUGUGUGGCGUUUCAGCAGGUGCAACCAAUGAAGGAGUUACACUCGUCAAAGGAGAGCCCGAUUCCGUGGUUUGGGUGGUUCAGCUUUCCGAUCUUCAUUUCAGCGUUCACCAUCCAAACAGAGCCCAACAUUUCGCCCAACUCGUCGGCCCCGCUCUUUCCCUCAUCAACCCCUCCCUCGUCCUCAUCACUGGCGACCUCACAGAUGGUAAAAGCAAGGAUUUGUUAACAAUGAAGCAGAAUGAGGAUGAAUGGGUGGAAUAUCGGAAUACAAUGGACGCUGUUAUUGAGAGAAGUGGACUCCACAAGAGCUUGUUCUUUGACCUCAGAGGCAACCAUGAUAGUUUUGGUGUUCCGGUUGUUGGUGGUUCCUUUGAUUUCUUUUCUAAAUACAGCAUCAAUGGGCAGUUAGGAAGAAAUGGGAGUGUCAAUAGUGUCACGCUUGAGACUCCGGAACGGAAGCAUCUCUUUGUUGGGUUUGAUAGCACUAUGUUAAUUGGCUUACGAGGACCAACUAAUCUUUUCGGGCAUCCCACAGAUCAAUUACUAAAGGAUCUAGACUUGGAACUCUCACAGUGGGAUUCUCAGUCAGAAAAACCCGUUACCAAAAUUUCCUUUGGGCAUUUUCCGCUCUCGUUUUCUGCACCCUCUAGUUCUGGAAGGACCUUGGAAGAUGUUUUCCUAAAGCAUUCCAUAUCUGCUUACCUGUGUGGGCAUCUCCACACUAGAUUUGGUAAGAACUUAAAGCGGCACCAUCAGUUGAGCAAUCAUGUUUCAUCCUUUCAGAAACUUUUUCAGUUUAAUAUACACCAGAGUUCUUUCGAAAGUAAUGUAAAUUGUUCGGUGGGAGCCCCGCCAGUUCAAGACUUCUGGGAGUGGGAAAUGGGGGAUUGGAGAAAGAGUAGAGCCUUUCGAAUUUUAGCCAUUGAUCGAGGCCGUGUUUCAUAUGCUGAUGUUGAUUUCAAAUCAGGGACCAAACAUGCAAUUAUAUUGCCUACUUUUCCAUUAGACUCUCGCUUCAUGCUAACAUCUUCAUGCUAUCACAGCUAUGAAUGUCAAUCAGCGCCCCCUUCAUCUUAUGAGACAAUUCGAGCUCUGGUAUUUUCUGUUUCUCCUGUUGUAUCAGUUGUAGCUAGGGUCUACGAUUCACGAUCUGGAAACCUUGAUUUAGUAGUAGAAACACAUAUGACCAAACAUGCUGAUGAGAACUCCAGGGGGGACCUCUACGUUGCUCAAUGGAAUUACAAAGCCUUUGAGGAUGCUUCUCCUGAUAGAUUUUGGCUUCAAAUUGAAGCAAAGGACCACAUGGGCAGAUCAACUUUGUCCGAAUUGAGGCCAUUUUCUAUCAAUGGUUAUAGCUUCCAACUUUCUUGGAGCUGGAAGGAGUUUUUUGUCAUGGGAUGUCAAUGGGCUGCCCUUUAUUACCCAUUAUUCUGGUCUGCACUUUCCUUUAUGCUCAUAUUCCUUCUUUUUCCAAAAGCUCUCCUUGGUUUUUCAAAGAAGAUAUACACUUACAAGAAUUUCAUCACCAAUAAAGGCUUAGUAAAUGGUGUACUAUGGUUUCUCCAGGAGCUUUGCAGGGUCCACACAUUAUGGUUUGGUUGGAUAGGUUACCUAUUUUAUCUUACAUUGUUCCCCUGGUUUAUUGGGCAAGUUUUUACUGAAGGGAAAAAUAUGGUAUACAUGACCUGUAUGGGGUGGGUUGUAGAGACUAAUAAUGGAAAGGGGAAGCAUGAGUUUGUUGGAUCUCCAGAUAUUAUGGUGGUGGUUCUUCCCCAUUUAUUGUUUGUGGUUUUGCCUGCAAUUUUGGUCACUGGUGCUCUAACAGCUGAAGGAGCAAUUUACCGGGAACAAAUGCUAGCAUUUAUAGGGAAGAAAAAAGAUGAUCUUCAUGUGGGCUCUAGAAAAUUAAAUGGCAACCAGAGAAGCAUGGUAUCUGAUGUUCAUCUUGGCAAGCGAUGGAUUCGGAAGCUUCUUUGUGUGGUUUGUUUGGCAAUAUGUUGGAAACAUUUUAUGAAUUGCAGAAAUCUUCUAAAAGCUUAUGAGAUGAACCCAGUACUCCACUUCCUGGGCUAUGGUAUUUCAGUCCCCUUGUUGUUGGCACAUGCUAUCUGCAAAACCAGAAAUGCUGAAUGAAACUUGUUCCAAAGUUUCACAUGUAGUUCCAAGUCUCCAUGUUUUGAAUGCAACAAGAGGAUACACUUUGGUUGUGUUGUCGGAGUCAAAAUUGGUUGAAGCGAUAUUCCUCUAACUCAUCUAGAGGCAACAGGAAUGCUGGUUGUUUGGCAUAUUCCUCUUACUCAUUCAUCACAUCAUUCACGAUGAUAUUUCUGUUAUAUGUAUUAUUAGGCCUUGCCCUUGGUAGUUUAAGUUAUAGUUGAUAGAAGAACCAAAAAGGACCUACGCAGGAUACACUAUGGUUUAGUAGUGGUUUUGCAUGGGUUGAAGAAGUAUGCAACAAGUUAUUGCAAUGGCCGAGUCACUUUGUAAGACUAGACCUUACAGUAUUGAACAAGGUUUUAGAAUAUAAGUAUACGAUUUUCUCCUAUCCAAAACUUGGUUCUUCUAGCCUUUUUACACACUAAGAAACAU